AUGGUAGGCGCCGUAGGUGACACGGGGGUGGUGGACACCCUGGAGGCACGGCUGGAGAGCGCGAGGAGACGCCAUGAGGCGAAGGAGUUCGGCGACCUCCCCUGGGCGGUCGUCGAGGCUGGCAUCCGCUCCGUGUGGGCGACGGAGCACCCUCCUUCUCGGCCUGCAUCUCCUCGACCGGUGAACACCGAGGGCGGCGUCGACGUGGGCGUCAACGCCGGUGGUGACCAAGGCGACGUCGGAGGACGUCGAAAUGGUUUGGCACCAAUGUCGGCGACCCACGUGACUGUGGGAGGAAUUGCGCCGAGCUACGGCUACUUCAAGUUUAUGUCGGACAGAAUCUCGGUGACCCCCCUGCUUGUUGGUCAAUUUGACAUUCUCACCUGGAAGGAAGCCAUCGAGCCCCAGCUGGAGAUGGCCGGGCUGAUGGGCUUCGCCGCCGGCACCGUGGCCACGCCAUCGGAGGACUACCUCGAUGUGCGUGCAGAGUUCCGCAUUUUGCAGCUGCUGACCUUCACGGUCAUCUCGCGGUGCUGCUCGCCGGGCGUGCAGAUCGCCCUGAAGUCGUGCAGGGACUACAUCAACGCCGGCCACCGGGCGUGGCAUUUCAUCGAGUCAACUUACCAGGUCACCGACGACUUGUUCAUCGGCCAGCUUGAGGAGCAGCUGUCAUACCUGUGGAUGGGCGACCAGGAGACGGCGACCGACUACUGCAACCGGGCUCGGCGGAUCGUAGCCACCAUGAGGAUGGCCAUCGUGCAGUACUCGACUGCCUCGUACAACAGAAAAACUAUGUCGCCCCGGCGAAGCACGGUGGGCGACCGGGGCAGCAUGGGCAGUCUGGCGGCGGUGGUAGCAGCGGGUCGAAGCCGGCGAAGGACGCCAACAAGCAGAAGUCGGCCAAGGAUGGCAGUCGCGGAGGAGGAAGUCGGCGUCGGGAGUGCUGGAACUGCCGCAGCCCCGACCACCUUUCCGUCGAGCCCCGAUCGCAGUGAUUCCGAUGACGAUGACGCCAAGGGAGGCUGUGGAAGGUUGGCCAGCCGUCGUCCGCGCCGAGGAAACCAGCCACGCAAGGAGAAGCAGUCCAACAAGUUGACCUCGACGAAGGACGUCGACUCUUCUGCUGGCGGCAAGGAGGCGUCGUGCUCGCUGGUCGGCGUCGUGGAGCCGACCGUCUCGCUGGCGCCGGAGGCUGGCGAGGACUUCCAGGCAGUGGCGGCAGCUGUGCAGGCGAACCCGGCCGUGGGCCUGCUCGACAGCGGCUGUUCGCACCACCUGAUUGGGAUGAAGGAGACCUUCGACGUCCAAGGUCGUGGCACCGUUGCACAGCAGGGAGACGCCGGAAAGCGGGUGCUUAUCCCCGACGUGCUGUACAUCCGGGGCGUGGCGGCCAACCUGCCGUCGGCCGGUCAGCUGAAAGAGAACGGUGUUAAGAUGCAUGAAGACGACGAUGGGAUGCUGCUUGUCUCGGCAACAAGCGACGUGCUUGGUCGGGCAACGUAUUCCGGCCAGGUACUCUGCACCAACGUACGUCCCUGCUCGGCGACGAACGCAGCAGAUGUGGUGACUCUGCGGGCGAUCGUCUCGGCGACGAAGUCGACGCCUGACAGGCUGCACUCGAGGCUUGUGCACGUCAGCAUGGACACCAUCCGGAGUUCAGCAAAGCACGAGGUCGCCACUGGGCUGGACCUCAAGUCGGCGUCUGGAGCAGACUCACGGUUUGUCUCGUGCGUCGGCGGGAAGCUGGCGCGGCACACCUUCCCCGACCAGGGCUCUGACGCCGACGACGUGCUGGCGGUCGUACACGUCGACCUGUACGGGCCAUUCCGCGUGGCCGUUAAGGACGGCAGCUUGUACUUCUUGCUGCUGAAGGACCGCAAGACCCGCUACGUGUGGGUGAGACCGGUCGCUAAGAAGUCCGGCGUGCUGCGAGAGUUCCAGCAGUGGCUGGUGCUGGUCGAGCGGCAGGCGAAUAUGUCGGUGUUGCAGCUGCAUUCUGACCGGGGAGGGGAGUUCCUCGGGAAGGACUUCACUGCUUUCAUGGACGGAAAGGGGAUCCUUCACGACCUCACCUGA